GCCGAACCCUUAAGAAAAUGAUACUUGUGUUGAUUUUGAUAUGUACUGUCCAUUCAUCUCAAGGCCUCAUCUGGGCUUGGAGAAAGCUUCCAUGUGAUGUGACACUGUCCAACAGCUCUGUCGCCUUGGACUGUUCGGGAAGAUCUUUGAAAAGAAUUCCGAAAAACCUGAUCUGGAAUACAACUGAACUAGACUUUGCGAAUAAUAAAAUAAAAUACCUCCCAAAGGACGCCUUCUGGAAUCUGACUGAUGUUACCCAGAUAAACCUCAAAAGUAAUCAGAUUGAAAAUGGUCUUGGGAAUGGGAUUUUUUCAAGAUUGGCGAAUCUUAAAACCUUGCUUCUUGAUUAUAAUAAGAUUAAAGUAUUUCCAAGAGACCUCCCUCCUGGACUGCAGUUGCUGAGCCUCAAUUCCAACCAAAUCAAGACAAUUGGACCCUCAGAUCUUGCAGGAAUAAAGAAACUAAAAGUUUUGUCAUUGAAUAGAAACUGUUAUCAUAAUGUCAGUAUAGCACUGGAAAUUCACAAAGAAACAUUUCGACAUUUAAAUCUAACCAAGCUAGAACUGUCUAGAAAUGGACUGAUAAAAAUACCACAUGCUUUACCCAGAUCCCUCCUCACACUUUCACUUCUCCUAAAUAAGAUUGACUAUGUGCAUGCCUCUGACCUGAACAGACUUACAAACCUGAGAGUUCUUGAUUUAUCUGGAAACUGCCCUUUUUGUUUCACUGCUCCUUUUCCAUGCACUCCCUGUCAGACAAAGAAUAACGCUCUACAAAUUCAUCCGGAUGCUUUUAGUCAGCUAUCCGAACUACAAGACCUACGACUCUCUGGGAAUUCUUUACAAACAAUCAACCCAUCAUGGUUCCAGAACCUUACUAUGUUAAAGUAUUUGUAUCUUUCCUUCAACUCAUUGAUAAGUGAAUUUGAAAGCGGACAAUUUUUCAGUGUUCUACCAAAAGUGGAAGUUGUCGAUUUCUCAUACAAUAAUCCGUCUCAAAACUUUUACCGAAGAAUUAAACUCUCACAAGGUUUUGCUAGUUUGGAAUCGCUACAAACACUUCACUUAGAAGGCUAUAUGUCCCACACUCUUUGUGAGGAAGAUCUCCGACCUCUCUUUGGUUUGAGAAACCUAUCCGUUCUAAACUUGGGAGUCAACUUUCUCCAGCAUCUCAAUUUAUCAGUGUUCAGGAACUUUCACAACCUGUCUUUGAUUUCAUUGAUUGACAACAGGCUAACAUUCACCAAUCCUUUUCGGGGACAGGAGUGUAAAAGUGACGUCCUUUCUGACGACAAUGAAGGAGACCGCCGUGAAGGCCCCUACAUUCACACAAAUGAACAAUUCCGCCAUUAUCCUCCAUUUACCAAAGCUGAAUGCCUGGCAACAGGACCAGUUUUGGACCUCAGCAAGAACAACAUUUACCAUAUCAAUCCAUUUUUCUUCACAGGAACAGAGAACAUCACUUGCCUCAAUCUUUCCUUCAACUUCAUUGCUUCCUAUUUUAAUGGUACAGAGUUCACUCACUUCCCCAGGAUUAAAUACCUUGACUUGUCUCACAACAGAGUCUACAUGCGUUCAGAUUCUGCCUUGAAUGAACUGAAAGAAUUACAAGUUUUGGAUUUAAGUCACAACAAACAUUACUUUGAGGUGGCAGGUGUAAGGAACAGUCUGACGUUCCUGGAAAACCUCCAGUUCCUCAAAGUGCUCAACCUCAGUUGGAAUGAAAUAAAUUCACUCACCAACAAGACUCUGAAGAGCGACUCUCUAAAGGAGCUACAGUUUCAAGGCAAUCGACUGGAUAUUAUGUGGAAGAAGAACCGUGGAUUCAAAAGUCUUUUUAAAUCUCUCUCAAACCUAACACACCUUGAUAUAUCAUAUAACAAGCUUAAUCAAAUACCAGACGAUAUAUUCAGCUACUUUCCAAGGACGCUAACAUAUCUUAGCAUCAGUAGGAACACUCUUGCCAAUUUUGAGUGGGAUCAGCUCGAAUAUUUACCUGAGCUGGAGACUCUGGAUCUAAGUAUGAACAAACUGAGUAAGGUCACUGGAAAGUUAUCAAAGCAUACAAGCUCACUGAAGGUCUUAGACUUGAGCCAUAAUCUAAUCGCCAAGUUGCACCACAGCUUUCUCAAAGAUGUCAAAAGCCUGCUGAUCCUCAGUCUUGCUUUCAACCGCUUGCAGCACUUCAGUGAUGCAUCCUUCCAGACAGGUAGUGAUCACUACUUACACAUACUGGACCUGCAGAGAAACCAUAUCUACUGCACAUGUGACCUUCUGGACUUCAUUCUCUGGUUAGAGAAAAGUGAGACUGUCCUUCCUCGUCUUGCAACAGACGUCUUGUGCUACCUUCCGGAAUCCAAAAGGGGGCAUCCAAUGAUCAGUCUAGAUUUAAAAAAUGCGUGCAUCAACAAUAGUAUCGCUCAAAUCCUUUAUGUACUCACGUCAUCCAUCAUCAUUGUCUUGAUGUCUACAACUAUUGUAAUACAUGUGUUUUACUGGGACAUAUCGUACAUUUAUAACUUCUGGAGAGCCAAAAUAAAAAGUUAUUACUUGAAGACGAAUGACUGCACCUAUGAUGCCUUUGUUAUGUACGACACCAAAGAUCCGAUGGCGGCAGAAUGGGUACUGAACCACUUGCGUUUUGAACUGGAAGAUAGAGGAAGACGAGUUCGGCCACUCUGUCUGGCGGAAAGAGAUUGGACUCCUGGUAUACCGAUCAUGGAAAACCUAAAUCAGAGCGUAAACCAGAGUAGGAAGACGAUAUUUGUCCUGACAGAGGGAUUUGUUCAAAGUGGGAUUUUCAAGAUGGCGGCUUUCCUAGCACAACAAAGGUUGCUGGAAGAGGGCGUGGAUGUGAUGGUGUUGGUCAUAUUGGAACCGGUUCUUCGGCAGUCGAGAAUCCUAAACUUGCGGCGCUGCCUGUGUGGACACAGUGUGCUGGAAUGGCCCAGAAACCCAGCAGCAGAAGACUUUUUCUGGCAAAGCUUGAGAAACGCAGUUAGGUUUGAGAGUCAAGGUGUGCAAAGCAAAUUGUUUACAAAUUACUUUAGCGGACGAUGACUCAGUACAAAAUAAGUAGUUUAUGUUCAAACACUUCUGCCGUUGAGAUUCUUGCUUGGAUUCGUUAUACUGAACUGUUUGUGUUUACCAUUUUGGGGAAAUUCGAACAUUUAUCCCAGUAAAUGUACUGUUUAAAACAGGUACAUCAUUAAAGUCAAGAGUUACGUAAAAAUCGAUUUAAUUUACAUAAUACAUUUUUAAGAAAAGUCAUUUCUGUCAUUACAACUCUCCGAGGAAUUGGCUUGGUAAUAUACAGUACAUGACAAUUUUAAUGAAGCUUUAGCUGAAGCUGCUGAGGCAGAGAUACUACAGACACUUACUACAGCCAAUACAUUGACAACAUGUAGCUGUGAGCAUGUAAGAAAUACUGCUGCUGCACAUAACAUAUAGCCUAUGAAAUAUCCCUCAUAUAGCAUACAGGUAGAGCUGGAGAAGUUGGAUGCUGCUACUGCAAGCUCUAGCCAAGUAUUUGAAUGUUGAGCUGCAAUCUCAUUGGCUGCUGAUACAAAAAGAAUGAAUCAGCUGGGCCGUGUGAUAAUGAUGUCAUUAGGUCAGAUUGAGUUUGACCUAUCGGACUGCACCAUCUAGAGUUUCAUGCCAGCAUUUUGGAUUUAAGUUAUUUUUGUGAUUUUAAGUCUUUUGUGAAACACUCUUUUUCAGAGCAAAAAUAGGUUGAAAGAAAACUUUUCUGCAAUCAGUAUGAGACACACUAUCUAGAACUGCAUUACCAAUCAUGCUUAUACGGCAACAACAUCUUAAAUAUAUUGCGAUUUUUACCUGCAUGGGGUAAAUUGUAUUGUAUACUAAUGUAACAAGAAACACUUGUUUACAAGUUAGUUUUUAUUCCCUGAAACCAAAGUGUUGGGUGAUCUUUUGCCAGUCACUUCCUUCUUGAGCUAAUUUUAUAAACAACUUCCCAGUAGUCUCAGUUAUGGUGCAAUCAGAGUCACAUUUGUACAAGAAAAUACCCUGAUGUGCUGUAUCACUCUAGAGAGCGAUACAGCGCGGGGACAGAUUUUUAUCAGUGCCUUUUGUGGACUCACAUAGUUACAAUACACAAACACACAGUUACUCCAGCUCUCUGUGUCCUUCCAUUUUUUCAUCUUUUAUUCAUCAUGAAACCAGUGAUGAAAAAUUCAUGACUCCAGGCAAUGAAAUGAAUGCAAAAUGAAAACUGUGGGCGUAUAGAAACAGUGAGAGAAAGAAUGUCUCUAUCUAGGGUGACGCUGGCACAAGGUGCGGAUCACGGCGAGGGCAGUGGUUUCUGGAGAGCAACUAUCUGCUAACUCUUUCUUUGUUAAUAAAGUAGAUGAACUUCU